AUGGGCCGCACUCGGGAGGCUGGCUGUGUGGCUGCUGGUGUGGUCAUCGGAGCUGGUGCUUGCUACUGUGUGUACAAACUGACCUGGGGAAAAGAAAAUGAGGAAAUCUGGGAUGACGAUGAGGAAUGUAGUGAUAUGUCAGAGGUUGAGGUUGAGGUUGAGCAUGAGCCUGAGAUAGAAGCCAGCGAUGAAGUUGAGGAGAAUCCUGAAGCCAAACUUCAGGAUGAGUCAAAGGCUGAAGCUGAGGUGAACACAGUUGUUGAUAAUGGUCCAGCUGUGAAGAAGGAGGCACACUUGGGACCCCAGAGUGGAGGUGGCCUAGAAGCUAAGGCCAAGGCACUUUUCAAAACCCUGAAGGAACAGGCAAGCGCAAAGAUGGGCAAAGGGACCAGAGUGGGUAACAUUUCUGGGAACAGGACCCUUGUCUCAGGUUUGCCCUGUCCAGGUGGCAGGGGUGGAGGUUGCCAUCCCACCAGAAGUGGGAGUAAGGCAGGGAGCAAGGCAAGCAGCAAAUCCAAAGGAAAGACCCGAAGUAAGAGUACUAAGGCUCCAGCUACAGCUUGGCCUGUUCGUAGGGGCAAGUUCAACUUUCCCUAUAAAAUCGAUGAUAUUUUGAGUACUCCUGACCUUCAAAGGGUACUUAACAUCCUGGAAAGAACAAAUGAUCCUUUCAUUCAAGAAGUUGCUUUGGUCACUCUGGGUAAUAAUGCAGCAUAUUCAUUUAACCAAAAUGCAAUACGUGAAUUAGGUGGCGUCCCAAUUAUUGCAAAAUUGAUAAAAACAAAAGACCCCAUCAUUAGGGAAAAGACCUACAAUGCUCUUAAUAAUCUCAGUGUGAAUGCUGAAAAUCAGGGCAGGAUUAAGACAUACAUCAGUCAAGUGUGUGAUGACACCAUGGUCUGUCGCUUGGACUCAGCUGUGCAGAUGGCCGGUUUAAGACUGUUAACCAAUAUGACUGUGACUAAUCAUUACCAGCAUUUACUUUCCUAUUCUUUUCCAGACUUUUUUGCUUUGCUAUUCCUGGGGAAUCACUUCACCAAGAUACAGAUUAUGAAGCUAAUUAUAAACUUUACUGAAAAUCCAGCGAUGACAAGAGAGUUGGUCAGUUGCAAAGUACCAUCAGAAUUAAUUUUGCUCUUUAAUAAAGAAUGGGAUAGAGAGAUUCUUCUUAAUAUCCUUACUCUAUUUGAGAAUAUAAAUGACAACAUAAAAAGCGAAGGCCUUGCAUCAUCCAGGAAGGAAUUCAGCAGAAAUUCACUUUUUUUCUUAUUCAAAGAGUCAGGAGUGUGUGUUAAGAAAAUCAAAGCAUUAGCAAAUCACAAUGAUCUGGUGGUGAAAGUGAAAGUCCUGAAAGUGUUAACCAAACUGUAAUUUUGGAAGCAUCCCAGGCAGCACUGGGGUGAUUUCCUAACUUGUACAUGGGAACAAUAUAAUUUGUACGUUUUUUGUCUUUUACUGUGCUGAUAUGGCAGAGAUUCUUUUAGCUUCUAUUUUUGAAUAUGAAUAUCACAUAUCAUCAAUAAUGAUUGUGAUCAUGGGAGCUUAUGUUGGACCACUUUAAGGAUGUGAAAUGAAUAUUAGAGUUUCUAGAAAUAAGUCAUUUAAUGCUUGUGAUCUUGCUACCUAGACUGAGAUAUUUUUAUUCUCUUCUGUACUUAAAAUGGCAGUAAAUCAAGUAUAACUCUUGAAUAAGCUACAUUUUCUAUUGCUUUAAAUUUUAAUGUAGGACUUGUGUUUCAUCAAUAAAGUUGUGUGUUUUAAGCAG